AUGAGCAAGAUUAUUAUUUUGUCAUUGAUGACAGCAUGUAGUAUUGCAUAUAGCCUGAACUAUUAUCGUGCAUGUUAAAAAGCUGUUUGCGCUGUUCCUUAUUAAACUUGCUAAAAUAAUCUUGCCUGUUAGCAAACAUUUAAAACUUGUGAAGAAUGUAUGUAUUGUAAUUAAAAAAACAAUGUAAGUUGAAGUUUAUUAUCUAAAUCCCCAUUAUAAAAUAUAAUAAGAUCAUUUUUUUAAAUAACAAUUAUCUUAUAUUAACAAUAGUUUAUUAAAGGUUUUAGAAUGUGAAUCUAGAGAGGAUAAUUGCUUUGAAGGAUGUAUUUUUAGUUCAAAUUCACUGCUUGUAUAAUAAUUAGCACGUUGUUCAUUGAAUAAUAAGUGCACUAAUUCUUUUUAAAGCCAUAAGGAUAUCACAUGUCCAAAUAGUUGUUAGGAACCAGCGAAAUUGGGAAAUGAAGCAUGUAGUACACCAAAGACUUACGCUACUACAGAGUGCGUAUCGGACUUCUUAAUUUAGAUUGGGAGAGAUGAAUGUGCAGGGGAGGACUGCGUAUGCAAAACACUACCAGCAUUAGACAUUUAUAUUGUUGGAUGUUAUUGUUGA